AAGUAAACAAGGGAGUGGAGAUAAGAACUGCUCUGAUUGGUGAAAAGCUGUGCAGAUAAUACUCAAUUCACCCAAUCAGCGCCGCAGGAAACAUUGACGUCAUAAGUCCUUCGACGUCAGGUCGCAAGUCUGCCUUCCUUUCGUGGAUUGCAACAGUUCACCCUCACUCACGGCGGGCAGAAAUAUAUUCAUCUUCGACCAUCAAGACUGAUCAUAAUGAUGGAUGAAAUUUUGAGCUCUAGUGACAAGAAAACAGAUAAUUACUACAUCAUUCUUGGAUGUGACCCAAGUUCUUCGGUUGAACAAAUCCAGACUGAAUAUAAGGUGCUUGCACUACAGCUACACCCAGACAAGAACCCUGAUAAUCCCGAGGCUGAGCUACAAUUCCAGAAAUUACAGGUUGCCAAGGAUACACUUACAGACCCAGAGAAGAAGACUCAGUAUGAUCGAUGGUUGAACAGUGGCAUAGCUGUAAGUUAUGAGCAAUGGUGUGGCAUGAAACAACAUAUGAACACAACAUUUCACUGGGCAACGCCUAACACAAAAGAGAGAAUGUUGGAGCCUGGCACCUCCCAAGCUCCUCACCCUAAGCCAGGCGCCAGAAGGAGUUCUGAGCAAGGUCUACUAUACAGCAGAGGAAAAGAGUCUGCUGUUUCUAGGCCAACAGCAGGAUGGGAACGUGACUCUUCAGAUGUUAUGAGAAAAUUCAGGAAUUAUGAAAUUUAAAGUUUGGUAUAUAACAUUGACGAGAAAUCCAUACCUGAUACAGUAGGUCUGCAAAUCCUGUAAAAAUUUCUCUGAUGAAAGAAUCACUUCUUAAGCUAAGCUUAUUUGUUGACCAUGAAUUAUAGAUGCACUUAACAAAAAUAAUAAACAGGCUGGCAAAGGGACCACAGGAGAAACUAAGGUACAGUAUUUUUCUACAGAAAAGAUAAUUAAAACUCAAGUUGAAUACUGUAUACCAUAACUAUAUUAAAUUUUUGCCUUAAAGAACUUUUUAAAGUUACCUCUGAUGUGCACUUACCUGAAGUGUAUCCACAAGAGAAGGCUCUCCCCUUUAAUAACAUUACUCAUCACACCAUGUUAUGCAGGCCUAUUGUUCAGUACAGGAAGGUAUUUUUCUAUAUCUCAUCCAGAUAUUUAAUACAUUGCACACCAUGUCUUCUCAUAUUUUUGACCCCAUGAAAAUUUCUGUGAUAUUUCUUCUUUCUCAUAAUUUGUCUUUUAAUUAUCUACAUUUCUUUGGUGUGAUAAAAGCUAAAGUGUAAAAAUUUUUAAACCCCUUAAGCAGCGAGUUUAAAAUCUCCUGCUGUGUCAAGGAUAGUAAGUUUACACUAAUCUCUGUCAAUCUAUAAUAUUCCAAUAGGAAUAAUUUGUCUACAACUCAGCAAAACAGUGAAAAAUGCAAAAAUAAAUAAAGGAGCUAUAACACAUAUCCUCCUACAGAUUGAGGAUCUUUCAUCCAAAUUUCUAAAAACUACUGGAUAAAAGCAUAUAAUUCUGGGCAUCUUUGGAUGAAAGUAUAAAGAUACUCUAAUAAACUCUGUCAACAAUUUAGGAUUGUGAUAAGCUGUAUGUGUAACUACAGUUUCAACAUUUAAAGUCUGUUGGUAAAGAAACUGGGAUUGUGAAUAACCAUACAUUUUCAUCGCUGUGUUUUGUCAUGCAAUCACACGAGGGUCUGAAGACAAACUCCACAUAACUACAACAAAACACAACAGCUGCAAUAGCAUAGAUAAUUGCUGGUUGAGUUUACAGAACAGCCUGUUGGGCCUGUCUGCUGCAGUCUCCAUGCAUCUUGACCUGUAACCCACAACCUUGUGUGUUCACACUAUUCACUGCUAAGCUUUUAGCUACACUAUUUAAAAGUACAAUACCUAAACGAAAUUUUCUUUAAAAAUAUGUAUCUCAAAUUAUAUCAACACAGGAAUACCUAACAAAAUUGUAUUUACUGUAAAAAUGAAUUAAAUGGAAAAGGCAGGAUGUGGUGGUUUAUGUAGAAAAAUUACAUCAGUUGUAUUUGAAGUAUGGAUCUGGGCCUAUUCUAUAUUGGCUAACCUAAACUUAGUCUAUUGUAAUGUAAGUGGUCCUAGGCUUAUGAAAACCAAAAAUAUCUGAAUACUGAAAUGCAAGUCUGCCUCAAGGUUUUGGAUAAAGGAUCCUCAAUCUGUAUGCAAUUAUUUUAAAUAUAUGUACAUUACAGUACAGUACUGUUUUCCCAUUUCAACAUACAUUACCUGUAUUGAAGAGUAUAUUUCAAGCCAAAUGCAGUACACAUACUAUAUUACUCUGUACUUUAAUGACUUAAGUUUUUAGACUUAUUCUUAUAAGUUUGGUAUAAACUUAUUAAUAAAUAUAUAUUUUGCUAAAACAUUCUUUUACUUUUUAGUUAAUUUUUAGCAAAAAUAAUUAAUAUUUCACAUAAUAAUAUUUUAUGAUUGUCAUAAUAAAAUGCAGAAAUGUCUGCAGGCAUUAAUAAUUUAUAAAUACAUGUACUAUAUUUCCUAAUAUAUUAGUUACAGUAUUAUGAAGCAUGUAAAUAUAAUAUUGUAACAAUGUCGAGUUUUACCUUUUUUUUAUUAUUAUACAAGACAUUUUUAGUACACUUCUCUUAAAAAUUCAAAUUUAUGUGUAUAAAUAAUCCCAGGUCAUUAAGUAGUGGCUAUCUUAAGUUUGGUGCUCAUAAUAUAAGUUUUCAUGACUUGAAUAUUUACCUGGUAAUCUGUAAAUACUAAAAACACAUUUCACUGUAAAAUCCAUGGAUUGUCUUUUAUUUACAUUUAAGGUUCCUAUAUAUGGUGUUCAGACUGAAUUUCUCUAUCAAUGUACUGUACUAUAUGUUAAUUAUGUAUUUAAGUUUAUGAGUGUACAGUACAGGUACUAAUAUUAUUACCUGUGUAUUUGUUGUAUCAUAUAUGUUUACCUGUGAAUAUCAUAUGUUUGGGUUGGCUUUUGAAAAAUCACUUAUCAAGCUGUGGGGAUGUGGACAUAAAGAAUGACUGGUUAAGGAAAAAAAAAAGGACUUAUUUUGAGGUAAUACUGACGGUAGUGAAAGAGGAUUCCACAAAGUACAGAAAAUUAUUACGAUGAUGUAUGGCAGAAGUUCUGCACAAGACACCUCACUGCAUGGCAGGAAUGAUAGAACAUAAAAUAGAGUUUUAUUACUGUAUAUCUGUAUUUAACUAUGCACUUUCUCUAUGCAUGUUAAACUAUGCUUGUUGUUUAACUUAAUAUAUAUAUUAUAUAUAAAAAAAUAAAUUUGUUUUCCUAUGGCUGUUCGAUUUAUGAUAUUGUAUUUAUCAAGUAGAUUAGUUUUGUGUGUGUUUUAAGUAAGGCUGUUAGUUUUCAGUGCUCUACUAGUACUGUACAAUAUCUGUUUUUUGUGUCGACGGUAAUCUAUUUCUUCAUGAUUUUAAUGUUUAAUGGAUUUCUUGUUGAAGAAUAAGUUUGUCUGACCUUUUGUUAUAGGUACGGAUAUUUUAAUAUCAAUUGCAUUUUAAUAUAUAUUGAUGUAAUAUUAACCCUCUCGUGCGCACAAUAAGCUUUUAAGUUUCCUUGACCACGACAAAAUCCAUAAGGGACCACUUAUGAGGUCUGGUCAUCUUCGUUCUGCAGCCAAUUUAUCCCACAAUAUAUAUUUUUUUAAUGAUUUAAAUACAGUUAACCCUCACUUUACGCGGGACCCUCCGGGUUACAUUAACCGCGUAAAGUGAGGGUUAACUGUACUGUACAUCACUGGCUUCAUUAUUGUUUUGGCUUUAACAUGGAAAACAAAACAAAAACGAGAAUAACACCACAGUAUGUAUAUUUUUUUUCAUUCCGAAUAAAGAAAAAAUUAUUUGUGCUCCCAGCAUUAUCUCGGAUAUUUUCUCACAAACCCACCAAGGUAUUAUAUAGAAGUGGAAUUUUAUGAUCUUUCCAACAAUAGCUUUGAAAUUUUGAUACGAUUAAUUAAUUAUGGGGAGGAUGGGAGAGGAAAUAAGAGACAAAUGCGACCUACCAGCAUGGCUGACGAGAGGAAACUGAUGGACAGCGGAACUCCACCCACACUUUGGUACUUUCUGGAAGCUUCCAUCGCAAGAUCAUGCAGACAUCUAUGACGCACAAAAAUUUGACCCAAUUAUCUUGAGAAUUUUGGGUUUUUUAUGUUUAGUGAUGCAAUUCGUGUCACCAAUACAAAUAGUCUAUACCUUUUGAUUUGACACGGUUUGCGUCAUAAUGCACGAGAGGGUAAUUAUUAGAGUACAGCACUGUAAUCUAAGGGUGACAUUUAACUCCACAAUGCAGAAUACUGCUUUUAUGGUUACAGUUGUAUUUAUUUUGGUGUAGGUUGGCUAUAAUACUGAAUGUGUAUAAUCAUAAAAAUUUUAUUGCAUAUAAAAUGAUUUUAUUUUGUAGAAGUGUUUACCACAUUGUUGCCAUCAACAUACAAUAUCUUAUUUUCAAACUGAAUAAUAAUGAAAUUUCUGUUGUUAGUUGAGCCACUGGGACAAAAUGUUUUCACGUUCAUUUUGUAAAAUCAGAGCAAUAUGAAACUGUUUAUGUUAAUCAGGAAUAAGAGAAAAGGUAAAGUCACUUUAGUUCUUAAGUUCGGAAACACUAGUUUUUCCUAUGCAGUCAAAAUGUUUGUUGGCAUAAUGAAUAAUAAAGAUAUCUUUAUGUAA